AUGUCGUCUACACCAAAGAGUGAUAGCCAUGAAAGUAAUGACGAACAUGUGCCAGUUCAAGAACCUCUACUUAAAUAUGAGCGUAUUGGCAGCCAUUUUCAUGCUAUUUUUAAAGAGGAUUCACUGAGUUGUAUUGCUCUUCAUGUAAAAUUUCUAUGUGUGGGCACAUAUGGAGGGAAUGUGUUACUAUUGGAAUUAGACGGAAGUUUUCUUCGUCGUUUGCAUCAACAUUACAAAAAAGUGAAUCAAGUUUGUAUCGAUGAAACAGGUCAGUAUAUCGCCUCCUGUUCAGAUGAUGGAACUGUUGCUGUUUACACACUUUUUUCAGGUGUGUCGGGAUCUUCUCGAGUUGAUGACAUUACUGGACAUAAACAUGCUAGUAAUCAAACUAGUGACGUGGUGAGACCAAGGCAUUUGGUAUCAAGUACAGGUGGAGAAGUUAAUAUCUACAAUUAUUUCAAUGCAGUAUAUGCAGUGCAAUUGGAAGAUAAAUAUGCUAUGAAACGGGAAAAGACUUUUGCAUGUGGUGGAGUUGGAGGACAAUUAAUUAUCAAUAAGAAGGGGUGGAUUAUUGACAAGGAGAGCACAGUGCAUGAAGGGGAAGGCCCAGUGCAACAAAUUCGCUGGAAAGAUGGACUUGUAGCAUGGGCUAAUGAUUGGGGAGUCAAAGUGUAUGACUCGGAAAAUGAUCAACGUGUGACGUACAUUGAACGACCUCCAAAUUGCCCACCAUUGGAACUUUGUCGUUGUAAUUUGGAGUGGCAGGUAAAAAAUGACGUUCUGCUUGUAGCGUGGGCACACACGUUGCGUGUAGUGACAUUCAAAAGGGGAUACUCGAAUCAGCCGUCAUCGCCAACAUCAGCUGCUGCAUUAAAUGCUGUCGAACAUUCAGCUGGUGCAAUUACGGCGGAAGUGGUGACACUGCUUACGUUUGAUUUCUUCAUUGCUGGAAUAAGCCCGUGGGGUGGUGGAUCAAUUGUCUCAGUGUUGGCCUUUCGACCUCCUGGAUCGUCGGCUAUAGGCCCACGAGGCAUGUCCACGAAAGUUGAAGGAGAAGGUGAGAGUGGAGAAAUGCCAUAUCCAGAAGUUCACGUGGUACGGCUGGAUGGCAAACAAGUAAGCGCAGAUUUGCUGAAUCUCAAGGGCUACCAGCGAUUGCGUGCAUCCGAUUAUAUGAUGCCUACUCUUCGCUAUGUCCAUGCACACCAAUCCGAUAUGGAAUCGACCGAUCCAUCGUCAAUUUAUGACGCUGGAUAUGGUCAACUCGCGUACGUGUGUACUCCGAAGGACGUCGUUAUCUGUCGACUUCGUGAUGUCGACGAUCGCGUGCAGUGGGCAUUGGCACGGAAGCAGUAUGCUAGAGCACUUGAUGUAGCUCUUCGUGAUCCACGUGCUCUGCGUCGCAUGGUACUUACUGAUGUGAUGGAAACGUAUCUUGGUGACUUGCUGCGCCAAAAGAAAUUUCAGAAAACUGCUGAGGAGAUUCAGCGGCUUUUUAUUGGUGGCGGCGAUGAAUACGCUAAGCUUUGGGAAAAGUACGUGUAUGUGUUUGCUCAGCGAGGGCACCUGAGUGCAAUUGCACGCUACAUGCCAACAGCGAGCCCACGGUUGCCAAAGGUGCAAUACGAAAUGGCGUUAAAGCAUUUCCUUGAUUCAGAUCCAGGUCAACUCCUCGAACUCAUCCGGAAAUGGCCAAAGCCGAGGCGUCAGGAUGCCAUAACGGUGAAGCAGCAAUCUGAAGGCGACAUUUCUGAUGUUGCUCCGGAGUAUACCGAGACGAUGCACGUCUUUGAACCUCUUUACGAUGCCCAGGCAUGGAUUAACCAGCUAGAGACAGUUGUGCGCCGCCGGCGUAUUGCUGAAGCUGAUGUGAGUCGCUUGAGCGUGGAGACGAUGUAUUUGAUGGAGGCGCUAGCUGAACUAUACACAGCUACGGAGCAAUAUGACCAUGCGCUGCGCAUUUACAUAAGUCAAGGCGAGUUUUGCUCCAACAAGGAGUUCGCAUUCAAGCUGAUUACAGAGCACCAGUUAUGGUCACUUGUUGCUAACAAGGUGGUCAACCUCAUGCGCAUCGAUAAGGCAAUGGCUGUACGCAUGCUUGUGAACCAGACAGAGCAGCUCAAGAUUAGUGACAUUGUUGUUCAGCUUGAAGGUGAACCCGAGCUGCUGCACACCUAUCUUCACGAACUUGUUUUAUACCGCUUGGGAGAAUACAAUUCGGAAAUUUACUCGGCGCUGCACGAGAAGCAGGUUGCACUGUAUGCUGAAUAUGCGCCGGAGUUCCUGCUUAAGUUUUUACAGACAAGCAACUUCGUGCCUUUGGAAAAGGCUUAUAGGUACUGCAGUGAACAUAGUCCUCCGCUUUGGGACACGAUGAUUUACAUCCUCGGUCGCAUGGGGCAGCACAAGAAAGCACUGGAUCUUAUUUUGACGCAGCGCGGUGAUAUUAACCAGGCCAUUCAAUUCGUGCAGGACCACGAUGAAGGUCUAUGGGAUUAUCUCAUUGAUAUGAGCCUAACCAGUAAAAACAACGUCGAGGAAUUGAUGAAGUUUGCUUCGCAGCACAAGAUUGACCCGAUCAAGCUUAUUCGCAAGAUUCCUGAUGACAUGGAGAUUGACAAUCUCAAGCAAAAGCUAAUCGUGAUCAUCAGCAACUAUCGCCUGCAGCAAAAUCUCUGCGUCGGCUCUCGCAAAGUAUUUGACAGUGACCGCGUCGAGCUGCUCCACCGACAAGUCGCAGCGCACAAACGUGGACGUCGUGUUGCAGUUAAAAAGUCGUGUGCAAUCUGCAAUGAAUUGCUACGAGCACCAUCGUCUGGUAUGGAAACUGUCCAUGCGUGUGUGUUUGAGUGCGGUCACUGCUACCACCUCCCAUGUCUUGAAGAGAAGAUGCGCAUGUGGAAAAGCACCGACGUCGUAGAGUCAGGCAAUGUGACUCGCGGUUUAGGUUGCUUUGUGUGCGACCACAGCACGCGCGCUUUUGCUCGUUCCGGUGAUUUGAACCAACAAAUAGCAGCGCUAAUGUCUCCACCAGCACGAGGAGUGACAGAAGAUCAGCUCCAGCGUGCCAAGGACAUUAUCCUGACUACCGUGGCAAGUAAAGUCGAGUGA